CCUCUAAAUUUUGUACGAGGUGGCCCUUAUCCGAAUCCCGUGAGGUGGAUGAAGAUAAGGUGGCGCGGCCAGUGAAAGCAGAGAGGCGGUCGGAGUUGAGAAUUUGGAAGAGAGGAGAAAAUGGCGCAGAGUUUAGCAAUGCCCGUGGCUCCUUCGCUCUCCCUUAUCUGCAAUGGUCGAAACCCUAAUCCGCUCUCUACCACCCUCUCCUUUCCCAUUUCUAGCCCCCAGGUUCGUGGUCUUCAAAUCAAGUGUGUUCGAGUUGGAGGAGUUGAAAUACCCAACAACAAGCGAAUUCAAUACUCCCUUCAAUAUAUACAUGGAAUUGGUCGCAACAAUGCUAAGAAAAUACUGUAUGAUCUAAGCCUGGAGAACAAGAUAACCAAGGACUUAUCUGAGGAGGAACUCAUAUCCAUCAGAGAUGAAGUUUCCAAGUUCAUGAUUGAAGGAGAUCUGAGGCGGUUCAAUGCACUCGCCAUAAGGAGAUUAAAAGAGAUUCAGUGCUAUAGAGGGAUUCGACACAUUCAGGGAUUGCCUUGCAGAGGGCAGCGAACCAAAAACAACUGCAGGACCUUGAAGGGUAAGAAAGUUGCUAUUCCAGGGAAGAAGAAGGCUCCUCGCUGAGUUCGUUGUGAUCGAACCGAAUGUUAUUUGAUUGCACCGAGUAAAAAUAUCUUCUUAAAGCUCAGUUUUUCUUGUUUUAACUCGAGAAUUGCCUCUAAUCUCCUCAUUGAAAUAUAGUUUCUUGCAAAUACAUUCUGUUAUUGCUGUCAUGUUCUAUUUUUUAGAUGUUCCCACCCUAUCAAAAUGCUUCAUUCUGUAAAGGGUGAUGUUGUAUUGACUCUUUAGGUAACAGAUCAUUUAGUUUA